AUGAUGCUUCGACAUUCAUCAUCAACCACGCAGUUUCUGUUCCGAAAAUUAUUAUCAUCAUCUAGGAAUUCAAAAAGACAAUUACAAAAUUCCUCUUGUUUGAAAAGAAAUUAUACACAAUCUCUGAUGAUUAGGAGUACACCUCUUCCGUUGGAUGAUCAAUAUCAUAACAAACUCAGUUUCCGACAUUUACAAUCAACAUCUCAUCAAAGAUUUGUUAAACAAAGUACCACGCUAGACAUGCCAGUGGUUAAUGCUCCACAGGCAACUCUGGAAUUAUUGGAUUUGGACAAUUUUGAUUCCGAGACGGCAGAGACUCUCUUUGGCUCGAGUCCAUGUUUGUUUUUAAACGAAUUUUAUGAACCUGCAUUUCCGGUGUGCUCAUUGAAAAAUCGUUCCAUACUUCCAUUGACGGAUGGUGAGAAGGAAAUUGUGUGUGAAAUUAAUUUUGCAUUAUGGGAUAGUCAUACUGACAAGAUGUUGUCCAUGCAAGCGAGCUACGGCCAACAAAAGAAGGCACAGAGUAUUCGAGUGGUCAUUCAUAGAAAAAACUAUAUGGAAUGGAUUAAAAAGGCACUUCCAAUUCUAGAAGAGCGAAGACAAGUUAUUGAAAAACAAGCAGCAGGAGUAGAGUCGCAAAAUAUUAAUUCAAUCAUUGAAACUAUGAAAUGGCAAUUAAAUGAAUAUGAACAAUGCUUGCAUUCUGAAGCAGAAGCCUCAAGUGCUUCUAGUCAUGAGCAGACAGGAAAAGAGCCAAAAGAAGUUCAGUAUGAAGUCAUAUUUUUCACAAUCAAAGAUGAUGCCAUUCUUAAGAAAUUCAUCAAGCAAAUUUGGAAACAACAAAAAGAACCCAUAGAUACUAAGGAUUUUACAUCGCACGAUCUUUCUCUCAGAAUCAAUAAUCACAAUAUUGUCAUCAAUUCAUCAAGACAAGACAUUUGGGAAAAGAUCAACGAUGUCUUUAUUAUUGAAGAAUUCGAUGGACAAGGACACAUUUCAAAAUAUUUUGAACGACAUAACCACAUCACAAAGGCAGAAAUUGAGCACAUUCGUUCCACAGUCCACACCAUUAUGCAAGCUUAUAACUCUAAAUUAUUAAGAGAAAAUUCCUGCUUAGAUUUACUCGAUUUAUUUCACGGUGUUCUCUAUUGUCAAUCCGGAGCAGAUAGAAAAAUUCGUGUCAACACUCCAGAAGAAAUUUCAAGCGCUCGAAGAUUUUAUUGGUGGGCCCAGAAAAUUGCUACCUUGAAUAUCAAACCAUUGCCUUAA